UACAGUCUGGCGCAUAGCUCUCUUAAAUUAGUAUUUCAAGUUGAAUUGGAAAGAACUUUCUGUGGACGUUGCUUCAAACAUUUUCAUUGACUAGCUAGAUGAACUGACAUCGGAAGUCAGACGAUUUAUCAGUUCGCUACAAAGCUUUGUAAUCUAUAUCUUUGAAGAAAAUAUGUCAACAAAUAUCACGGCUAGUCCAUUGCUUCCUAAGUCAAACAACGAUGACACAAGAACAACAACAAAAGUGAUCUUUUCUUUUGUUGCAAUUCUGGCGUUAAUUGGAAACUUCAUGGUUUUAAUACUCUUUACACGUUUUCCAAAGUGGUUGAAAAAGAAGCAUUAUCAAUGCAUUAUAAAUUUAGCAAUUACAGAUGUUCUUACAGCCAUUUCACUGUUGGUCGUGCCUAAAUUCGUUCAGGAUCCAGAUGCGUACCCCAUACCUUUAACGUCUUCGUCCCGCGAGUUCUACUGCCGUAUCGUUUGGUCUCAUUUCAUUCCAUUUUCUCUUGGUAUAACAUCUGUUUACACCUGUCUUGUUCUUGCAAUCGAAAGAUGGCUAGCUGUCAUUCGUCCAGUGUUUUAUAAAGAAAGAUUAGAUGUUCGUACGAUGCGCAUUUUGCUGGUGUGCUGUUGGGUAGCAGGUAUAGUGUUUGAAUCGCCUGUUAUUUCUCAUGUUGAAAGUUACAUAAGUGACGACAAUGUCACUGCACUGUGUAAAUGGGUUCCCGAGAAAGAAGAAGGGAGAAUUUGGGCAUUGGCAAUUUUCUUAUUUGCUGGUCAAACGCUUAUUCCAUGUUGUCUUAUUGUUGCAGCUUACGUUCAUAUCUUCAUGAGAUUCAAAAAUAAAAAAGUCUACAGUGUAAGUACUCGGCGGCCAUUAAACAGCACAUCUUCAAAUGAAGAAAAUUGUACAAGUCAAACUUUAAAAAGAGCAACAAUCAUGAUGGCGAUAUCAUCGCUUGCCCUCAUUCUCUGUUGGUUGCCAAAUCAGUUGUAUUUUUUUGGCGCACAAUUGGGCUACUUUGCACUUAAAGCAAGUAUACCUGUCAGAAUUGUUGGUGUUCUCGUCUUCAUGAAUUCUUUCAUGAAUCCAAUCAUUUACGGUUUCAUGAAUAGAACUUUUCGUGAAGGUUAUCGUAAAUUACUGCUUGAUCUUCUGCCUUGGAAACGAUCUUGAAGUGACUACAUUUACGACCCUGUUAAUGACCAUAUGCUUACAAACUCUGUUUUUCCUUUGUAUGGGAUUAAUGGAUAAAAAAAAGGCUAAGGAUGGGUUCAACAUUAACGUUUUUCUUAUGGCUCAUUAAAAGUUCUGCGGACAUUUACUAUUGUCCAACGCCAUUUGCGUUGUGACACAUUUUUUAGGUAACUUUUUUCGUCCAACUUAGCUUUGACCUAGUGUGUAUCUUGAGUUGUCUUAUGGUAAACUGCUUGGCAAGCCAUGCAGCAAACAGCAUGACUUGAAUAUGUUUGAAGUUUAAAAUAUGUCAAUCUCAAAAGCAAGAUUGUCUUUUGUCUCUAUUGGUUGUAAGGGGUAUUUUUAUUUGCAAAACUUUUUUUUGAAAAAAAAAACUUCAAUAAAUUUUGUUGUAAAGUUCUUGA